GUGAGAGUGACAGCACAAGGCUGAAACUCUCACGCGGCCACCGCUCCAUCCUUCGGUGGCGCCGCCCGACUCUCGGGGCAGGCGAGGUAGGCGGGGCCAGGCUGCGGUAGCGCCGGGUCUCCCCGCCACCUAGUGGGCUGGGCCCCUCACCCCCCGGGCAGGCCCGGGAGAGCGCCGGUUCCAGACAGCGAGGACUGGCGAGGCGCGGGCUCGUUGGGGAGAAGAGAGCAGAACACCGCCUCCCUCCCCACGCGCUCCACCACCAUGAGCGUACACAACUCAUCCGCUUCCCAAAGCAGCCGAGGUAGUGGGGGGGGCCGUGAGGUGCAGGGCAACGCUGCCCAGACCUCCAACCCGGCCUCCAACCGGGGCGCGGCCACAUCUUCCUCGUCGGGGUCGAGCCUCUAUUCCGAGUGGCGGACCGUGGCCAAUUCGUUUGCCAGCUUCGGGUGGAACGCACUCACAACUAACGCCGGAUACGAGAGCAGCUCCAGCACGCCCUCCCCACUCGACUCCAGUGUUACGCUGAGGACCGACGCGGACUCUAACAUUGGCUACUGGAGCUCUGACGCCCACGGCCAGAACCAUCAGAUCCCGGUGUCUGCCACCCGAUUGAGCGCCGCCGAGGGGGCCGCCCUAGCAUCCAACCUGGACGCCAGCAACCUCGGGGGAUCGCUACCAGCACCUGCCCCGCCCUCAGACUCCACGAGAGUGUCGGUAUCUGAGACCACUCUGCCCGCAGGGCGCGGCUACCCCCGAGUAUCCGUACCAGGACCUCCUACAACCAAUAACUCUUCCCCGGAGUCGAUGCAAGGGUUCGUCCCCCCCGUGACACCUGACUUCCUCAGGGUAUCGACCCCUGCACCUUCUCCACCCAGUAACACUCCCCGAGAGUACGUACAAAGGUCGGCCCCGCCCUCAGUGCAAAGCUCCUUCCGGAGUUCGGUGCAGGGACCUACCACACCUAACUACCCUCUAGUGUCACAGCUAGGGUCCGUGCGGUUCUCAGUAACCGGCUUUCCCCGAGUAUUAGUAAACGGAUUCGCCCAGCUCUCGGACUCCUCCCCGGAGUCGUUGCAAGGGUCCGCACCGCCCUCCAUGUUCAUCACCCCCCGGGGUUCGCUGCAAGGACAGGCCCCGCACUCCGACAUCUCCCGAGCGUCGGUGCAAGAGUCCGCCCGGCCCUCAGUGCCCGGCUCCCCCCGGGGUUCGCUGCAAGGACCGGCCUCGCGCUCGGACUCCUCCCGAGCGUCGGGACAAGGAUUCGCCCAGCCCUCAGUGCCCGACUUCCCCUGGGGUUCGGUACAAGGACUUCUUACGCCCAGGAACUCCUCCCGAGGGUCGGUACGAGGGUCCGCCCAGCCCUCAGUGCCCGGUAGACCCCGAAUAUCCAUAGAAGGAUCGACUCCGCCCACGGGCUUCCCUGGAGGAGCAGUACCAGGGACCGCUCCGCCCUCAGUGCCCGGCUCCACCCGGGUGUCGGUGGAAGAAUCGGCUCCGCCCCUGGACUCCGCCCGAGAGUCGGUACGAGGGUCCGCCCCGCCCUUGACCGGCCCCACUUCUAUACCUACGCCCCGGGAGAGUCUCAAUCGGAGCAUGGCGAGUCGGGAGAAGGCGAGUGGCGCGGGCCACAUGUUCGACGUAGUGGUGAUAGGAGGCGGCAUCUCAGGGCUGUCCGCUGCCAAACUCUUAGCUGAGCAUGACACUAAUGUUUUGGUCUUAGAAGCGCGGGACAGAGUUGGAGGAAGAACAUACACCGUGAGGAAUGAACACGUCAAUUACGUAGAUGUUGGCGGGGCUUACGUGGGACCAACCCAGAAUCGAAUCUUACGCUUAUCUAAGGAGCUGGGUCUAGAGACUUACAAAGUGAAUGUAUGUGAGCGGCUUAUUCAAUAUGUCAAGGGGAAAACUUACCCAUUUCGGGGCGCCUUUCCUCCGGUGUGGAAUCCGGUCGCAUAUCUGGAUUACAACAAUCUGUGGCGGACACUGGAUGACAUGGGGAAGGAGAUUCCAGCCGAUGCUCCGUGGGAUUCCCCACAUGCUGAGGAAUGGGACAAGAUGACCAUGAAAGAGCUCAUCGAUAAAAUCUGCUGGACCAAGACUGCUAGGCAGUUUGCGUAUCUCUUUGUGAACAUCAAUGUGACCUCUGAACCCCACGAGGUGUCGGCGCUGUGGUUCUUGUGGUAUGUGAAACAAUGUGGAGGCACCACUCGGAUAUUCUCGGUCACCAACGGGGGCCAGGAACGGAAGUUUGUAGGUGGAUCUGGUCAAGUGAGCGAACGGAUAAUGGACCGCCUCGGGGACAGGGUGAAGCUGAAGCAUCCUGUCACCUAUGUGGACCAGUCAAGUGACACCAUUGUCGUAGAGACGUUGAAUCAUGAAGUGUAUGAGUGCAGGUAUGUAAUUAGCGCCAUCCCUCCGACACUGACCGCCAAGAUACACUUCAAACCAGAGCUUCCAUCUGAGAGAAAUCAGUUAAUUCAGCGUGUUCCGAUGGGGGCUAUCAUUAAGUGUAUGAUGUAUUACAAGGAAGCCUUUUGGAAGAAGAAGGAUUAUUGUGGUUGUAUGAUCAUUGAAGAUGAGGAGGCGCCAAUCUCAAUAACCCUGGAUGACACCAAGCCAGACGGAUCGCUGCCCGCUAUCAUGGGCUUCAUACUUGCCCGAAAAGCAGAGCGACUUGCCAAGCUCCAUAAAGAAAUCAGGAAGAGGAAAAUCUGUGAGCUGUACGCCAAAGUCCUAGGAUCCCAAGAAGCUUUACACCCCGUGCACUACGAAGAGAAGAACUGGUGUGAGGAACAAUACUCCGGGGGCUGUUACACUGCCUACUUCCCCCCUGGGAUCAUGACUCAGUAUGGAAGGGUGAUUCGCCAGCCAGUCGGCAGGAUUUACUUUGCCGGCACAGAGACAGCCACACAGUGGAGCGGUUACAUGGAAGGAGCAGUAGAGGCCGGAGAACGGGCAGCUAGAGAGGUCUUGAAUGCUCUGGGGAAGGUGGCAAAGAAGGACAUCAGAGUUCAGGAGCCUGAAUCAAAGGACGUUCCAGCGGUGCCAAUCACCCACACCUUUUGGGAGAGGAACCUUCCCUCGGUGGGAGGCCUGCUGAAGAUCAUCGGAUUCACCACCUCCGUAACUGCCCUGUGGAUUGUGGCAUACAAAUUCAGGCUCCUGUCCCGCCCGUGAGGUUCCAGCCACGCGCUUUGUGCUUCUCUUCCCCAGCAGCAUCAAAAGCAAGUUGUUGGCAAAGGCUGUGUCGUUGGACUAUCGUGACAUGCACGGGAUUUAACCCCUCCAUUUAGUCCCAUUCGGUGUCAGAGUAAAAACCACCCAAAGAACCACCUUGUUAAUUUCAAUAAGAUCAAACUGCACUGUGAGAUUUGCCUGUGUAGACUGAUUUGUGUUUGAUCGGUAGAGUGAAACUGUGUGAUCAAUUUCUUAAUUCCCAGACAUCGAAUGGAAGAGCUGAUCAGAAAUCAUUUCCAUGUGGGAUUUUUCUUCUCUUUAACACAAAACGCCUGAUGAUUGCAUGAAGGACACAUUUCGCUUUCUCUCUGGAGUGUGUGCGUAGGCAAAGGCCCAGUCUGUGACUAUCCCUUUUUAGUCUUUAGGAAAUGGUGAGGUGUGCGCCCAGAGGCUCACAGCUUCCUGGGGGUGGGUGAGCCGUUCCCUCUUUGGGUGAAGGGUAGUCAAUGGAAAUAGCAGACAUAGACCAUUAGCAGGGGACAUCUUGCUGGUUGUGCCUAAGGGAUCUCCUGACCGCUUCUGGUUCCUGUGAGCUUUCUAGACAUCUAGUCUAAUGUUCGGUUAACUUAAACGAUGUGGUUACCUUUGAGUAAAUAAUAGCUUGCUAAUCUCUCUCAAGUAGGAGCUGAAAUAGACACGAACGAUUUCCAGUUGCUAUCUGCUGAGACUAUCAAGUACAGCAAGGAGAUUGGGGCUUAUAGUACACCCUCCUUGGCUUUACUUACCAAGUUUAUGACAGACAUGACAUCAACUGAUUUUAAUAUGAAGAGUGACUUCUCUACUUCAGGAGUAAUGUGGCCCAGAAUGCUGCCCACCUCUUUCUGGCCUUUCCCAUUUCAAAACCUCCGAUUUUUUUUUUUUUAAAGCCCCUUCCAGUGGGAUCCAGCCAUAAAAGGCUACUUUCUUAAAUAUCAGCUUCCGGGGGAAAAAAUCAGCACCAAUGUGAUCAAAUAAAGCAGUGGACGAGAUUCAGUAGACUUGGGUACACAGAUGGAUAUGCAGUUAACACCUCAUCCCACAUCAUUGAUGAACGAGGCAUUUUAGAGGAAGUUUCUAGAUAGCUAGUUUACUCUGUAAUGUACCAAAAACCUUAAAUAAAAAUUUUGAGGGACAUAUUUCCACACAUUAUUCAACAAGCAAGAUUCAAAUUCACCUUUUUAAAAAAUUAAUCAGGUCAAUCGUUGGGUGCCUCAGUUAUUUUAUACUUUCAUAAGAGAGUGAUACCAUUGUGUUCACCCCUCUGCUGAAUGCCUCACGAUUGGUUAAAUAGCUUGUAAGUCUACUGCUCUAUCUUCUCCCAUAUUCAGGACUUUAUUUCAUACUCUUAUUAUCUAGUACCUCUUAACCCAAUCCCCUAUCUUCUGUUGAAUGGGAAUUAAACAUUGCCAGAGAAAAGUCAACGCAAGUUUAUUACAUAAUUAAUCUUAUAAAUUCACAAGUCCCUGGACCCUGAUAAUGAGGGCUUAAGGUACUCCAGGUUUUGCCUAACCAAGGAGCAGAGAGCAGGAUUUUUCUGCCACGCUUUACUUUGUAAUUGAAAAGCGUUUUAGCUAACGUAGGAGUUUGGGUAAUGUCUUGGAUAUGCUCCAGUCUGGAAGGAGUGGCCGCAUAUUAUAUCAAACUGCUUAGAGAAAUCACAUCCCCAAUCUAUUUCAGUUGUUUCUGUUCACUUACUGAUUAACUUUGGUUCUGACACACCUUUUGGAGAAAUGCUGAUUUAAACCUCUUAACUGGCAAUAGUUUGAGCUAUGAGGAGGUUGUUAGCAUAGCGAAGUCUUUAAUGUAAAAGGACUCCGGAGUCUGUGAUGUACCCUCUUCGCAAACUUUUUAGAAUACCAGUUUAUUUCUCCUAAUGAGAAUCAACCCACCAGGAUCCCAUAGGUAGAUCUUUUUCUUCCAACCCCGAGAACUGAAAGGCAGUUUAAACAGCUCCUAGGGCCUCUGGCAUUUGCUUCCCAAUUCUGAAGGCAGAGUUGGCCUCACUCCAUAGGAAGUUCGAGAAUUAGACAUAAAAACUUAACCUUUUUGUCACAGCUGUUGAAGAAGGACUUACACCACACUAAAGGAAAACUCCCAAAGGAUUGUGAACUAUAUUUACUUUGAUCGUGAACUUGCUGCCUCCUGUUCUGUCUGAAGUGUGUCCCAGCGCUACAUGUGCAAGUACACAUACAUGUGUGUUUUGCCAUUGAAAUGUGACUUUGCCUGUGUGGUACUGUUUUGUUUAAUAAAGUGCAUUCCCUUCCCUGA